AUGAUGCGACAGGAUUACAACAGAAUCGACCCCAAGAGGCGGAAUGUCGUCGAUUACCGAAAGAAGCAGUUUGCCACGCCGCAAUUCCAGGACACGCAGUACCCCCACCGCUUGAACUUUUACGCAGAUGCCCCAACAGCAGACAUCACGCUCGAGCAGUUUGAGCAAUGGGCCAUUGACAGACUACGAGUCCUCGCCGAGCUUGAGGCAUGCUCUUUUCGCAACAGAUCGCCUGCCGAGACGGCAACCCACAUGAAGCCCAUCCUCGACAAAUACCUCCCUCUCGAUUCCAACAGCUCUAGCAACACGAAGCUGCUCUCACAACGACAAAAGGAUCACUACAGCCAUUUCAUCUUGAGGCUCGCCUUCUCUUCCACCGAAGACCUGCGCCGGAGAUUUGCUCGUGUUGAGACGAUGCUGUUCCGAAUGCGAUUCAACAGUGACGAUUUGAGCGAGCGAUCUACAUUCGUAUCCAGCUUAGAUCUCGACUGGUGGGAGCCCGUAACAGAGGAUGAGAAGAUACGGUAUGGUGCCGAGCUGGCAGCCAUGGUCAGCGGAAAGAAGGGUAGCAGCGAGGAUGGGACAUGGUUCAAAGUGGACUGGGAGCGAGUGCCCGACUUGGUGGAGAGUCGACGUGUGUUCCUGAAAGCUGGAAAGGCAUAUGUGCCUGGGAGAGAGCAAUCGAGCAUGGUUGUAGCAGAAUUCACGAGCCGGCUUGAGAGACAACUAGAGCUCACAGCUCGGGCUCUGCCACGGCUUGACGAAGAUGACCGGUUGACGCCCAUCCUUAACCACCUCUCCAAAAACUUCAUUACUCCCGACUCGGCUUACAUGUCUGGGUCGACGGCGCCCACUGGCGCGCAAAUCUCGGCUGCCAACGUCGACAAUCUUUCGCAGCAUUUCCCUGCAUGCAUGUCCAACCUGCAUCGGUCGUUGCGUCGCGAUGCUCACCUUAAACACUACGGUCGUCUUCAGUACACGCUGUUCCUCAAGGGUAUCGGCUUGAACCUGGAAGAGUGUCUCGCGUUUUGGCGGGGCGCCUUUCACAAGGUGACAGAUGACACAUUCAACAAGGAAUACCGGUACAACAUUCGCCACGCUUACGGAGACGUUGGUGGCGACACGAAUCGACGAGGCGGCGGCUAUAGCCCGUUUAGCUGUCAGAAGAUUCUCACUGAGCAUCCUCCGGGACCUGGCGAGGCUCACGGCUGCCCGUACCGGCACUUUAAUCUGGAGAACUUGACUUCUUUGGUACAAUCCAUGGGGGUAUCUGACAGAUCAGUGUUGCAGGGUGUCAAAGAAGACAAGGAUAAUCAAAAGUUUCACAUGGCAUGUAAUCGCGUGUUUGAACAUUUACACAAGGCCGAGAUUAAAAAGGCAAAGGAUGAGGGUGUCAUGACAUCUAAUCAGCUCGAGACAAUUGUACAUCCCAACGAGUACUUUAAACGAAGCUACCUGCUGAAAAACCUCGGCAAGGAGACUGAUGUCAAGAUGGAGGGCUAA